AUGUCCUCUCAAUAUCCCGAUUACAGCUAUCCCAUGUCUGACCGUCCCCAGCAGCGCGAGCGGUCUCGUUCCCCCCGCCGUCGAUCUUCUCGGAGUCCCCGUCGCAGUCGUCGCUCCUACUCACCCCGCAGUCGUUCUCGCAGUCGUGACGAUUACCGUCGCUCCGAUCGCGACCGUCGUUCGCGUUCUCCCUUGAAUAACGCUGGUACCGCUGGACCUGCCGGCUCCCCGUACGGCGGACGGAACAGCUACGCGCCCGCCCGCAACUUUGAGGAUCGAUCUGCCGCCAAAGAGAACAUGAUGCAAUCAGUACGCGACUCGUCUCAACAAGACCGUCGGGUCUACGUGGGCAAUCUGUCCUACGAUGUCAAAUGGCACCAUUUGAAAGAUUUUAUGCGACAGGCUGGAGAAGUUCUCUUCGCCGAUGUUUUACAACUUCCGAAUGGAAUGUCGAAGGUGGGCGCCAAUGUGAUUGUGGAAUACGCUACGAGGGAGCAAGCACAAAACGCGGUCAACACGCUUAGCAACCAAACCCUGAUGGGCCGUCUCGUUUACGUUCGCGAAGAUCGUGAGGCUGAGCCUCGCUUCAUCGGCGGUCCCCCGCGUGGUGACUUUGGCGGUGGUGCUCGCGGUGGCUUCGGUGGUGGCUUCGGCGGCGCUCCCGGCGCUGGUGGUGGUGCUGGCGGUGGUGGCCGCCAGCUCUACGUGUCGAACCUUCCCUUCAACGUGGGCUGGCAAGACCUGAAGGACCUGUUCCGCCAAGCUGCCCAGCAAGGCGCCGUCAUCCGCGCCGAUGUACACACCGACCCUACUGGUCGCCCCAAGGGCUCCGGUAUCGUCGCCUUUGAGUCCCCCGACGACGCGCGUAAUGCUAUCGCGCAAUUUAACGGAUACGAGUGGCAAGGUCGACCCCUUGAGGUCCGUGAAGAUCGAUUCGCCGGAGGCGGCCCCGGCUUUGGCGGCCGCGGUGGCUUCGGUGGUGGUUUCGGCGGCCGUGGGGGCUUCGCCGGGGCCCGCGGUGGCUUUGGCGGUCGGGGUGGCUUCGGUGGUGGUUUCGGUGGCCGGGGUGGCUUCGGUGGUCCUCCCGGCGGUGGUUUCGAAGCCCCCGUCGCCUCUGUUCCGCCCAACCCGUUCACUGAUUUUGCCACGUCGGGUGGUGAUCGAAGUGCGGUGAUCUACGUUCGCAAUCUGCCCUGGUCUACUUGCAAUGAGGAUCUGAUCGAUCUUUUCUCCACGAUCGGCAAGGUCGACCGCGCCGAGAUCCAGUAUGAGCCCAAUGGCCGCUCCCGAGGUACUGGUGUGGUCGAAUUUGACAGCGCGGAUACCGCCGAGACAGCAAUUGCCAAGUUCACAGGCUAUCAGUAUGGAGGUCGUCCUCUGGGUAUUACUUUUGUCAAAUAUGUCACUCCCCCCAGUGCCCCGGCCGACAUGAUGGACGUCCCCCCGCCGACUGGGCCCAUGACUCAAGACCAGAUGAUGUAG